AUGACCGACAAGGACAAACCUGCGGCCGAGCUCGAAGAUGGCAAGAAGGCUGCUGGAGAAUUCGAUUUUCAGAAAUCUUACGCCCGUAGAAGAAACGAUGAACCGAAGAGUCACUACAACGCCCGACUCAAAUUCAUUCACGCACUGCUGAAAGCAGAAGGACACAUCAUUACAGAUGAAAAAAUCGAGGUCCUCUCGCAUUGCUUCUCGAAUGUCAAGUACUAUCUUUUUGUUUAUAUUUUGAUGCCAUUCUAGAAGCAAACGCCUUAGUGGUUACAACUAGAACUUUUCGAUAUUUUGGAAAAAAAAUCAAGUACCCUAAACCCUAAACCCUUUCCAACAACAAACAAGGUACCUCCGCAACAAGUAUCCUGACGAUAUUAUGGCGAUUAUCGCCAAAUACGAUCCAACACGGGACCAGGAUGCAGGCUCUGAGCCAGCAGGUAAGCGAAGAAAAGUAGACAGCAAAGACUCGAAGGAGGAAGGUUCUGCGGACGAGAGCAACAAAGAGGGAGAGGAAAAGAAGGAAGGUAAAGCUGCCGAGUCGAAGGAGAAUGCCGCAUCAAAGUCGCCAGCUAGAAGCAAUGGUAAGGCAGCGUCAAAUGGUGGCUCGCCCGAAACGUCACCAAAGGCAGGAGCAAAGAGUGCAGCAGCACUGCUGGCUGCAGCAGCGGAGGAUAGCGACUGAUGAUACGUCGUGACAAUUUAAGUUGUAUGUUCUUGUUCGGGGUAAAGUGCCACCUUAGUUUUCGCGGAUACUACUACAUCAACGACAACAAGGCAUGAUUGAGACACGCACACUCAAUGACGGAUGUUCUUGACAAGAAAUUGAAUCGAAAAACGAAGCUACAACUCCUACAUCUUAUACAACAACAUUUUUUCUUUCCCACCUGAACGAAGAUGAAGCCGCUUGUUGCAGAAAAACCAAAGUUCUCAAUUUUUUUGCACACGCAACUCGUGAGAUUCUUCGACAGGGCAAAAAGCCCAAAAACAUAGCAAAACAACUAGCCC